AUGGCACCAACCACGUUUCACCUUAUCUCCCUCUCUCGACCUAUAGAGCCGGAAGUGCUAGCGUCAAAGGUCAGGGACCUUAACCCAGAUAGUCAACCAACUUGGGUCGGAAAAGUGCACCACUGGCUUCUAGAGCCGCGGUUGUCUGCGGAGGCUCUCACUGGAACCGGGAACAUCAUGACCAAAUGGGACUAUCUUCUUGUGGGACCCAAAGAUAUAGCAGAGCAGCUAGGCCUCGAGAUUGCAUCGAGCUGGUCCAUCACCGCAAACGUUGCGGAUGAUGCUCAGAAGCCGGAGGUGGUGGCUGAACAACUUCUUGCUAGAGAACCUCAUCUCCCCUCCGGGUGGACUGCUAAGGACCCCAGCGACUUGGAAGCAUCUGUUUCACCAGAUGAUCUGAAGCUGUCAUUGUCCACCCGUUCUAGGCUCCUUGGGUCACAGAAGGACACGGAUGGAGUGACAGUCAAAAGUUUUACCCAAGAUUUUGGCUCGUCCCAUCAAGGCCCGGUUGUGGUUCUGAAUCUGCUUUCGUAUGCCCCAGGCAAGAGACUAUCAUACCUGGAAGGAUACGUUGCUGGUUUUGGGCGCACAGUCGGACCGAAAUAUGGUAGCGAUGCAAUAUGUUUCGCUUCUGGCACCACAUCUUGGUCCUCAAAACUGGAAGAGGGAAGUAACGAUUCUCACUGGGAGGAUGUUGCCCUCGUGUGGUAUCCGUCGAUAUGGCAUUUUGCAAAGAUGCUGGAUGAUGCGGACUACGCUCGUCUUGACCGGGAAUUUAAGACUGGAUUGCUGGAAGACAAUCCGCUCCUAUGCUGCACGGAAGUCAAGAUGGUUUAG